CACAUCCUCAAUCUUGUUCCUUUCACGACCCAAUCAACACUACCACCAACAAUGACCAAAUUUCCAAAGAGCGUCCUCGAGGAAAGACGAGCUGCUAGCCUUAAGCUGCUUGAAGCCCUUGAUGCAUAUGACAACGCAAACAAAGAUGAGGAAUCAAUUCCCGUACCCAAACGUGGCAGGAAAGGCAAUGAUAUCCUCGGACCUCAGAACCCGGAUCGUAUGCGUCAGGAGCCAGAUACCGUAUGCCCACCUGACACCGAUCAUGGAAAGAUGCCGAACAUGAAGUGGUCAUUCACCGACUCACACGUACGUCUCGAAGAAGGAGGCUGGGCGAGAGAGACUACCGUCCGCGAACUUCCGACUUCCAAGGAGCUCGCUGGCGUCAACAUGCGUCUCGGUCCUGGCGUCUACCGCGAACUCCACUGGCACAAUGAAUCAGAAUGGGCGUACAUCAUUAAAGGCCAAUGCCGCAUCAGCGUCCUCGAUCUCGAAGGUGGCUCAUACAUCGAUGAUCUUGAAGAAGGCGACCUCUGGUAUUUCCCUACCGGCUUCCCUCACGGUAUCCAAGGCACAGGAAAGGAAGGCGUGGAGUUCCUAUUGAUCUUUGACGAUGGCAGUUUCUCCGAAGACAGCACGUUCCUACUUACCGACUACAUCGCUCGUACUCCAAAGUCCAUCUUGGCCAAGAACUUCCGUGUCGACGAAGAAGUGUUCAACUCCCUGUCCGAAAAAGAGAAAUACAUCUUCCAAGGCACCAUUCCUGGUUCACUCGAAGACGACCGCAAGAAAGUCACCAGAUCAAAACACCGCUUCACCCACCGCAUGCUCAAGCAAGAACCCAAAAAGUUCCCAGGCGGCGAGGUUCGCAUAACAGAUACAUCCAACUUCCCCGUCUCCAAAACCACCGCCGCAGCACACGUCAUCAUAAACCCAGGCUGUCUCCGUGAAAUGCACUGGCACCCAAACGCAGAUGAAUGGUCAUUUUUCCUCCGCGGCCGUGCCAGAAUCACAAUCUUCGCAGCUUCAGGCAAUGCACGCACGUUCAACUAUCAAGCCGGCGAUGUAGGUAUCGUGCCCAAAAACAACGCCCACUAUGUCGAGAAUAUCGGAGACGAGCCAGUGGAGAUGUUGGAAAUGUUCAAAGCUGCGAAAUUUGAGGAUUUCAGCACUGAGCAGUGGUUAGCGCAGACGCCUGCUACGACUGUAGCUGAGCAUUUGAAUUUGGUCGGAGGGAACAGAGAGAAAUUCUUGAAGAGUUUGAGUAAGGACAAGACUGCUGUCAAGGCGCCGUUGAGGAAGACAAGAUCGAUGAGUGAUAUGGCGAAGGCACUCGAGGAGCUUUUGUAAGGAAUACCAAGUACAAUUAUACUGCUUUCGGUAACAGACCCUACUGAUUUCAUGUUUAUAUCUAUCAGAAUCGAC